AUGUUUAGGAAGCUAUUUCUUUGGAAAAGUCUAUAUAAUGCAUGGGUGACUACAUCAAAAAUGCGACAGUCUGUCAACGCCAAACAAAUUGAGAUUCAACAGCUGAGGCAUAACUUAAAGCUGCACUCUAUACCAUAUUUGAAAGUAUGGGAACAAGACGAGAGAGAUCAUUCUGUUUCAUUUUCUGGGAUUAUUGGCUCUCUAGAAUCUGCUACCCUCCAUCUUCCAUUUGUUGAGGGUGCAAAGAAUAACAUAGAGCGCAUUUGGUACCCCUCAGCUACAGAUGAACCUGAUAAGCCUUUCCAAAAUUUGCAUUGCCUACUUAUUGGAGGUAAUAAAAUCCAGGAGACAUCUUCCAUUGAUGCCCUAAACUCUUAUCCUGGCUUAAUGGAUAUUAGGUGCUCUGAUCCAAUCAUACUAAUUACUAAACAAAUCAAAGAAAUUACCCCUCGAGAGCGGAAAGAGUCUGAGAUUUGGUAUGUACGCCUUGUAAUGUCAAAGGUGCAUCAAAAUUUGGAAGAGAUCAAGAGUCUUCACCCAAGUCAUCUGGCCCAUCUUGUUUAA